AUGUCUAAUAUACUAUUGAUUGUCAGCUAUAGUCUUAUAGCUAUUGUGUCGCUAAUCGGUAACCUAUUGGUAAUUAAAGUUGUCUACAGUCACCGUUUGUCCCGCACAACCACUAAUGUGCUCAUCGGAAACCUGGCUGUUGCCGACCUGUUGAUGACUAUUAUAAACAUACCGUUCAAUAUAACACGUGUAUUAUUGGAUAACUGGCCAUUUGGUCAACUAUUAUGUAUUACUGUUCCACUGAUUCAGACCACAUCAGUAUACUGUUCAACAAUUACAAUGAUGGUUAUAGCACUGGAACGGUAUCGCACUUUAGUGAAUAAUAAUGGCUUCAAAAAUAUGUUUUAUACACUAUCGAUGAUAUGGUUAGUCAGUCUACUACUAUCACUACCACACGGUGUGUUCAACAAAGUGAUUGUACUGAAUGACUGGCAAAACCUUACCCGAUGUCGUGUCCAAUACCCGAUCAGAUCAGACAUAUUUCGAAAAGGAUUAACUGUAUUUACUUUGAUAACCCAAUAUGUUUUGCCAAUCCUAUUGACCUGUUUGUGUUACACCCGAAUCUGUUACUCGCUAUGCAAACGUAAAUUUGUGGGCAUUGUUACCGAUAGACACCGAAAUCAUUUGAUCCGACAUAAGCGCCGUCGUAUAAAAGUACUUGUGCUCGUUGUACUUGUAUUUGCCAUAUGUUGGCUACCAUUUAAUAUAUAUCAUCUGUUAGUGGAUUUCGAUAUUAUUAACUUUAGUUUGUCUUUGUUUUUCUUAAACCAUUGGUUAGCGAUGUCUAAUGUGUGUUAUAAUCCAUUUAUCUAUUGCUGGAUGAAUAAUGACUUUCAAAAUAAGCUUCGGGUGCUAUUCAAGUGUUUGUCCACCAGAAACACCAUAAACAACAACAACAACAACAACAACAACGACAACUCAACGGUUAAUGAGACCGUAUUUGGUGUCAAUAUACUCACCGAUAGAUUUAGUGAACUUAAAUAA